AUGCGCCUCCCCUGCAUCUUGACCCUUGGCAGCGCAAGCGUUGUUCUAGCAGAAGAUCAACCCCGAAACCAAAAACCGCUAUUCCCCCACCCGGGAACAGUGACGACACCCCCCCAAAAAUUCAUGUCCUGCUCAAAAACCUACGGUCCCGACUGGAAAACCUGCGGCGACGAAGCCACAAGCCGCUUCUGCUACAGCCCCGCCCAAGGACAGUCAUGCUGCGCUGUCGACAACGGCUACUGCGAAAAGGGCACCUGGUGCGCCCCCGUGGCUGGGUAUUGCUGUUUGGACGGCGAAAAUCUCGAAAGCUGUGCGCAGAGUGCCGGGUUUGAGCUGCCCGGGUCGGAGAGUAGUUAUCUACCGUCGUUGAAGAGAAGUGUAAGCCUGCUUGAGGACAGGGAGGUUGUUGUCGGAGAGGUCAAAGUAUCCGUGGCAGUGAAGAAAAAGACCUUGGUUGGGUUGGGGUUGGGAAUGGGCGUGGCUGGGUUGUUGAUGCUUUCUUGCUGA